UAAAAUUGUGGCUCAUGAAUGAAAGCUUUCUCCAUUUCCACCAUAUAAGUAGAUGGAAAGGGGGAGGAGGCUUGGAAUACUUGGAGCAAAUGCUAAUGUUUUGAGGUGCGAGCAUUGAAUUUUAAAUAACCAAUCCUUGCACAAGACUAAAUGCCUUUGCUUCCAACAUAUCGCUUAGCAACUUGGGAUUUUUAAACUCUGGAGUAGAAUGGCAAGGAAGAGGGAUUCUAGAGAACCUGCUCAGAGAAACUGGGGAUUGAGCAAACACGCUUCCUCUCUCUUGCAGAACCUCCCACCCCCACAUUCUGCUCUCAUUAUGCAAACAGUGCUGCUCCACACACAAGCUACGUUUGCAUAUCUCCUGGCAGUAGUUUUUUUUUUUGCAGAAUGAGAGUGUUUGGACAGGGAUGAGUGGUUAAGGAACAAUAAAAGGAAAAGGAGGUGUAUGGGUGAGAGGGAGCAAGAGGGAGCUGCCUAAAAGCUUGCCUUUCAUCAUGAGUUCCGAAUUAAAUGUCCCCUUGGAUCCUCCCGCGUCCACUUGUUGCACCGAGCCGGCCACUAAGGGCAUGGACUACCGAGACUGGGUGCGUCGCAGUUACCUCGAGCUGGUCACAUCCAACCAUCAUUCUGUCCAGGCCCUUUCAUGGCGGAAAUUGUACCUGAGCCGAGCCAAGUUGAAAGCUUCCAGCCGGACUUCUGCGUUACUCUCUGGAUUUGCUAUGGUGGCGAUGGUGGAGGUCCAGCUGGAGAUGCAAUACCAGUACCCGCCAAUGUUGCUGAUUGCCUUCAGUGCCUGCACUACCAUCCUUGUGGCUGUCCACCUCUUCGCCCUGCUCAUCAGCACUUGCAUCCUGCCCAAUGUGGAAGCCGUGAGUAACAUCCACAACCUGAACUCCAUCAGCGAGUCCCCCCACGAGCGCAUGCACCCCUACAUUGAGCUGGCCUGGGGCUUUUCCACUGUCCUGGGCAUCCUCCUCUUCCUCGCCGAGGUCGUCCUCCUGUGUUGGAUCAAGUUCCUGCCCGUGGACUCCGUGCUGAGAAACGGCACCGCCGUCGUCCAGAAGACCAGCCAGCACACAGGGUGGCAGGCAGCCCUCAUCUCCACCAUCAUCAUGGUCCCGGUGGGGAUCAUCUUUGUCGUCUUCACCAUCCAUUUCUACCGCUCCCUCGUCCGCCACAAAACCGAGCGCCACAACCGGGAGAUUGAAGAGCUCCACAAACUGAAAGUGCAGCUGGAUGGCCACGACCGGGGGCUGCAGGUUGUGUGAUGGCCAGUGGGUGCCUUUUCUGUUUGCAGCUCUGAGGAUUUUCAGAACAGGAAUUAACCCCCAGGUGCCUAACGUUCUCAGAUGCCAAAACGUUCCCCGGUGGAUGCAGGUCUGGGCGACCAGCUCUUCGAAUCUGUGGAUGAUGUUACUGUGUUGUUAAAACUGAACCCUUUACCUACAUCUAUGCAGUUGUUUGAAGAUGGGCUUGUCCUUUAGACUUCCACAUUUUUAGGUGGGUGGGAAGGGAGACAGAUUAAGCAAUUAAAAAAAUAUGCAUCAGUUUUAGCAAAGUGGGGUUGUGUUUUUCUGCAGGAGCUUAUAUGCAGAGUGAGGAAAGGGGUGCGAUGUUCUCACCGGCAAUUGAUUUACAAACUUCACUUCUGGAGAGGAGUUCGUAAAUCGCAGUAUGUGAACAUCCAUGGAAAUCUCUGAAAUGUGUCCAUAGUGACUUUUUUUUUUACAUGGGGGGGGGGCUAUUUCUGGAACUGUGACAAGACCAGAAACGGGGGAGGGGGAGUGGAUGCUUUUAGAGAUGAGUUGUUUUUCCUCUGUCCAGUUCAAGUAGCUUCUAUAGGGUGGAGAGUGUUCCCAUUGAGAAAGCGGCUACGGUAGCGAGGGCUCCAUUGUCUGCCUUUCAACACAAAAGCCAGGUAGCAAAGAACAGAAGGGCUUUAAAGAGCACCAUGUAGUAUUUUACACAAGUAGAAAUGCAGGUGUGAAUGCGUAACCAAAGUUUGUUGUUGUGUGUAUAUAAAAGGCUGUAGCCUGAAAAUCUCUCUCCUAGCACAACCCCCACCGCCUGUUUAGAAUGAGCACAGUGUCCACUUGAACAUUGCACAAGUUUUGAAAGCUGACACAGAGCAGAGCUGGUCGGCCGGCACCCCUAAGCCCAAACAGCCGUCAUCAGCUGCUGCUCGAGCAGUUUUUAUCCGAGUUUGUGUGUGCACAAAGCUGUAUCGGUGACGUAGAAACAUCAUGGGGGUGGGACAUAGGGAGGGACUGGGGCCUCUUCUUCCUGGAAGAAUUCUGUUCCCUGAAAAGCUGACUGCUUUGACACUUAAACAUUUAUACAGGAUGCCACCCACCACCACCCCUUGCCACCAAUGUUCAGAGUGUGUUUGGCUAACUGAACUCAAAAAUUGAGGGACCAUCCAAGCUUCUUUCUCGUGCAACAACAUGAUCAACAAAUGAUUUGUGACGAAGUAGCCCUGUUGAGCUGGGAUUAACUUUUAAGCAAACCCGCAUAGCAUCUGCCAGCUGCUUGAGCCGUUGUGUCCUGUUCCACAGAGGCUUACAACGUACAGUACCUGGAGUUUCUGUAUUGCAACAACAGGAUAACUGUAUGGUACGUGAGAAGUUUGCGGUCCCUGGGAACUGCACCUUCAAAACGGGAAAAAGUGCUCUUUUGUAUGCGUAACAGUCUUGUUCUGAAAGAAAAUACAGCACCUUGGACCUUAUUUGCUGUACAAACACUGUUGCCGAAAUGUCUGAAUUAAUCUGUAUAUUGGUAGUAUGUCCUUAACGGCUAUACCUCAUUCCUCCUUUUUCAUGCUUGGCUGCCUGCGGGACACGCUAAUCAUAUUAUAACUAAUAAGUAUAUCGUAUUUACAUCUCCUCACUCCUCCCCCACCACGUGUAAAUUGUGAAAUAUGCCUAAACUGCCAGUUAUUAAAUAAUACUUCUAAGCAAUCUUUGAGAUGCUUUUUUAAAUAAAAAAAAACCUGUCACCUCUUUGAAGUCCUUUAGAGUCAGGGAAAGGCUUGUGCGAUUGUGGGGUACCUGAGCUCAUUUCUGCACUUGGCCCAAAUCACAAGCCUGAUAUGUAUUUGAUCUGCGAGUUCUUCCGAAAGCCGCCGUGAUGCAAGUGUGUGGGACUCCCGUGGCAGCAUAACAGCAUGCAAAGUCUGGAGUCGCAAGCUUCCUUGAGAACAAGGCCUCCAGGAGCUGGAGGGCUGCAGGCCUUCAACAACACAUCCACCUGAUACGAUGAAGUUGCACGUUUAAUACGGAGGAGCAUACGUAUUAAGUGAGUUGAUGAAAUUAUUUCUGCCAUCUUGUUAUGCUUGUUAAUGUCAUAUUGCACAUUUCUUUUACUGUGCAAUAGUGUAUGUUCUUGUUUUAUUAAUAUAGCCCACCCUAGAAUCACCUGGUGAUAAAGGGCAGAAUAAUAAUUGAGAAGUGGGUUUGUGCCCUACUCUUUGGAGCAGAGGAAGGGUAGAAAAAUUGAUUCCAUUCACAUAUAUAGGCGAACCUACCUAAUGCAUACUUUCUGAAAUACUACGCCAGGCAUCCCCAAACUUUGGCCCUCCAGAUGUUUUGGACUACAAUUCCCAUCUUCCCCGACCACUGGCGCUGUUAGCUAGGGAUCAUGGGAGUUGUAGGCCAAAACAUCUGGAGGGCCGCAGUUUGGGGAUGCCUGCACUACACGAACAGAAACACACUUUGAAAUUUGCAGUUCUCAGAAAUUUGCAGUGCAGUUCUCUGGCCAAGGAAUAUGUACAAACUAGAGGGAAUUGUGCUUAAAAAUGCAUGUAUUAGUGAAAACGCAUAAAAAAAACAUCUCUACCCCUUGCUGUCUUCCUCACCCUCCUUUGGACACAAUCCAGUCACUAUAUUUCAAGGACUGGACUUCAAAAAACAGGCACCCCACCCCAAGAUGUGUGUGGACAUGCUCCCAACCUUGUUUUCAUAUUUGAGUUCCUAGCAAAAGGGCUAAAACUCAGUGGCAGAACUCAUGCUUUCCAUGAAGACCCACUGCUGGUUUGAGCAGAAUGUGCCGGAUGAGGCAAAACGAUGGCUUGACUUUGUUCAAGGCUUUUGUUUGCAAGCGGCUGCUACCCAACAGUACUGGAGAUAAUGGCUGCACAGAUGGGAGUGGCGCUG